GUGACUAAAUCUGGUUCUCCGUUACCAAUGCAACAACGACUUGAUAUACGAAACUACGUGCUUAACUUUUUAUACACUGGUAGAAAGCAAGCAACAUUUGUGCAAGAGGAAUUAACUUUGUUGUAUGCUCGAAUAACAAAACUUUCAUGGUUUGAUUCUUGUAAAGAUGAAUGGUAUUUCAGGACUGUCAUUGCAGAUAUUUCAAAGUUUUUACAGGGGAUAUCAGAUAUAUGCAUUGUUGGAGUUCAGUUGUUAAAUGAAUUGGUUGCUGAUAUGAAUCGAUCAGACAACAUAAAACCGCUGACUCGCCAUCGAAAAAUUGCCGCAUCUUUCCGAGACACAACUUUGUUUGAAAUAUUUCAACUUGCUUGUGGGAUGCUUUCUCAAGCUCUUAUAUCGGGCGACCAAAUACAAGGAAAUGAACAGUGUACAUUGUUGGCUGCUGUGCUACAACUUACACUGACAUGUUUGUCAUUUGACUUCAUCGGGACAUCUUAUGAUGAAUCAUCUGAUGAUCUUGGAACCGUACAAAUCCCCACUGGAUGGCGAGGCACGUUUGUUGAUCUUAGCACUUCACAAUUGUUUCUCAACCUUUACAAUGUUCUUCCAAAUUCACUGUGUUCGAUUGUAAUGUCGUGUUUGGUUCAAAUUGUUUCUGUUCGUCGAUCAUUGUUUAACAACACAGAACGUGCCAAGUUUCUUGCUGAUAUUAUUAAAGGGAUCAAAGGAAUUCUGGAAAAUCCACAAAAACUUUCGGAUGAAACAACAUUUCAUGAGUUUUGUCGAAUGUUGGCUCGAUUAAAAUCAAACUAUCAACUUGGUGAACUGGUUAAGGCUCCCUUCUAUGCAGACUGCAUGCAACUUGUGGCUAAGUUCACGGUUACCUCACUCAGAAUGUGGCAUUUCUCACCAAAUUCAAUUCAUUACUUAUUAAGCUUGUGGCAGCGUUUAGCAGCAAGUGUUCCAUAUGUGAAGGCACAAGAACCACAUCACUUGGAGAAUUAUAUGCCAGAAGUAUUGAAAGCAUAUGUGGAAUCGCGACUUGAAUCCGUUGAAGUUAUAAUUAGGGAUGGUCUUGAGAAUCCUUUGGAUGAUACUUUGAUUAUUAAACAACAACUUGAACAAAUAUCAACGAUCGCAAGAUGUGAAUACAAUAACACGUGUCAGUUACUCGUUCAAACAUUUGAUAAAACAGCGGCACAACUGGAGGAACUAUUGAGAAAUAACUCUGACAACCAAAGUCUACUAAUACCACUCGGUCAGUUGACAUGGAUCAUUCAUUUUGUUGGUUCAGUAGUUGGAGGUCGUGUUUCGUUCGCGGCAACCGAUGAUCACGACUCUAUGGACGGUGAACUUGUUAUCAGGGUGUUGCAGUUGAUGGCAAUUACUGACAGGCGUCUACCAUCAGGAAAUGGUUUUGUUACAAUCGAACUUGCAUUUCUAUCUUUCUUUGAACAAUUUCGUAAAAUCUACGUUGGUGACCAAGUUCAAAAAACUUCCAAGGUUUACAAAAGAUUGAACGAUGUUUUACAACUGGCUGAUGAUUCAGCUGUUCUCAGUGUCUUUGUUACUAAAAUCAUCACCAACCUGAAAUAUUGGAGCGAUAAUGACGGCAUAGUGUCCGGAACGCUCCAGUUGCUUGGCGACCUCUCUGUCGGUUUCAGUUCAGUUCGAAAACUUGUUAAACUGAAUGCUGUGAAGUUUUUGUUGGAAAACGAUCCGGGAGCUCACUUUCCAUUCUUGAGUCCUGAAUCGAAGGUGAGUGACUUACGAUGUCGAACUGUGUUUUACACCGCACUUGGAAGGUUGAUGAUGGUGGACUUGGGUGAAGAUGAAGAAAGAUUGAUGAGGUUCAUGUCUCCCAUGACAACCAUGUUUGAAUCAUUAAAACAAAUGUUGCAAACCUCAUCCACAGCAAACAUAAACACCGGUGCCCUUCGCAACUUGGUUGGCUUGGCGAGAGACAUGCGUGGUUUAACCUACGCGUUUAACAGCAAGAACAGCUACAGCAUGUUGUUUGAUAUAAUCUAUCCAACGUUCACGGACAUUUUACAGCGGUCUAUAGAGCUGUGGUACCAUGAUCCUGUAGUCACCACACCUGUAAUAAAAAUGUUUGGAGAACUAGUUUUAAACAGGGGACAACGCCUAAAUUUUGACGUUUCAUCUCCAAACGGAAUUCUACUUUUUAAAGAAGCAAGCAAAUUAAUCUGCACUUAUGGAACGCGAAUAAUGUCAAUGGGUGAACCUCCAAAAGAUCAGCUUUAUUCUCAUCGCUUGAAAGGAACUUCACUUUGUUUUUCAUUACUGAAGAAUGCACUGAGUGGUGGUUAUGUAAACUUUGGUGUGUUUCGACUAUACAACGAUCCAACCUUAGAAGACGCUCUCAAUGUGUUUGUGAAACUUGUAAUGUCCGUACAAAGCAAUCAUCUAUUGGAAUAUCCGAAAUUAAGUUCAUCUUACCACACACUGUUGGAGUUAGUUGUACAAGACCACAUGAGCUUUAUAUGCAGUUUACCUUCAACAAUUAUAUAUCAUAUACUUUCUACUAUAACUGAUGGCUUGGCUGGUCUGGACACCGUGAUAUGCACGUGUUGUUGUGCUGCAUUGGAUCAUGUGGUGACUUAUUUAUUUCGCAUCGGAUCACGAACACCUGGUUUAACUAACGGAACAAUCUCGGUAACAUCGGUGAUCACAACGAAGCGACAACGUGAUGAAGUUGACAGAAAUCGUGAUCAACAUUUUCUGCAAGUCAUGAUGGAAAGACCUGAUAUACUACGACAGGCUUUAUCCACUGUGUUGCACACCAUCAUGUUUGAAGAUUGUAGAAAUCAGUGGAGCAUGUCAAGACCCCUGUUGGGGUUAAUAUUGCUAAACCAAGAUUAUUUAGAUACAAUAAAGAAGUCUUUUUGUGAAGCAAGUGCUGAUCAUGGACCACUUAACCAACGUUCGGUGUCCAAUUGUUUUGAACAAUUGAUGCAAGGCAUUGAGAAAAACUUGCACACCAAAACUCGGGAUCGGUUCACUCAAAAUCUUUCCAUAUUUCGACGAGACAUAAAUGAGAUUUUAAAAGUUGAAAGUCAAGAAAGAUCGCAAACUGAUGGAAUUGAUCUUUCUGUUUCAUCGUCAAGUAUGAUGUCAUAAGGAUAAAUUUGAUGUCAAACAUUAUCUUUUGUCCACAAAUUAAACUUUGGUGACGAGCAUUCCAUUCAGAACUCGUUUUUCUAUACUUGAGGAAGUUCAUGCACAUGUGUUAAUUGUGCUGAUGGUGCUAUUACAUACAUUGUCAAUAUAUACUGUGCGUGUAUUGAAUGUUCCAUGUUCGUUACUUACUAUGCACAGUGUUCUUUCAUAAAUGUGCUUAUUUCAAAUUAAAACACACAGAAUUAUAAACAGUAUGUAUGACAUAUGCCUAGUUUACACAUUUAACCAAAGCAAAGUAAGGAAUAUUUCAUUGCCACAACAUUAAACUUAAUGCAUUUCCAUCAAUCAUGAAUGAUAUUAAUUUAUUCAACUAAUUGCCUGAAAUGAUUUGGCCGGAUACAAUUUCAAUCAUUGUUUGUUUUGCAAUUGUGGUUCUUUCAAUAAACUACUUUUUCAUUUC